AUGUCCGAGCUAAUCGCAAAACCUGAAGUUCACCAAGCAAAAUGGUCAGGCUUUCAUAAAAAGACUUUGCAUGAACGUCAAACUCAACUAAAGCUGGUCUUUCCACGAGUCUUUACUUCAUCAGGACCUUCUAGUUCGGUCGUCUCUUCUGUAUAUGUUACACCUAAUACUUCUCCAUCAAAUAAUGAUAAAAAAUCGUUUCCGAUUAAUGGGCUUGAUGAAAAUAUAGCGGAUAAUAUGAUUGAAAAUUGUGUGGGUAUAACUAUUGGAUUACCGGUUGGUUUGGCCUUGAAUUUCAUAAUCAACGGAAAACCUAUAAUAAUACCCAUGGCAAUUGAAGAACCAUCAGUUAUCGCGGGAGUUUCUGGGGCUGCUAAAACUGUAUCUGCUUAUAAUGGUUUUAAGGCAACAGCUCCUGUGACAAACAUUAUAGUGGCUCAAGUCUGUCUUUUAGAUAUUUCACAAGAGAAUAUGAAUUCUGCCAUAGACAAGAUAUCACGAAGCAAAUCUGAAAUUAUUAAACGUGCAAAUAACUAUUGCGAUAAUAUGGUAAAGCGGGGUGGUGGUGUAUUAGAUAUUAAUGUUCGAAGAAUACCACGCAAAGCCAAUAGAAAUCGAAAACAUUUCACAUUAAGUUCAGCCAAUUUCAGAGAAUGGUUAGUGGUUCACAUUACGAUUGACGUUUGUAAUGCUAUGGGUGCAAAUUGUGCUAGUACUGUGGCGGAGGGCGUAGCUCCAUUCCUUGCCGAACUUUCUGGUGGUCGAAUUGGUUUACGAAUCGUUAGUAAUUUGAAUGUGGAAAGGAUGUCUAAGGCGUCAUUUCGUAUACCUUUACCUAUGCUUGCAUAUAAAUCGUUAAGUGGCAAAGAAGUAGCUGCACGCAUUAUCGAAGCUUAUGAAUGGGCAGAAGUUGACCCUUACCGGGCAACAACUCAUAAUAAGGGAAUCAUGAAUGGAAUUGAUGCAGUUGCUAUAGCUACUGGUCAAGAUUGGCGUGCUAUUGAAGCCGCUGUUCAUGCGUGGGCUUGUGAUGGUGUAAGAAUUGAUCUUGAUAAUUCUCAUAAUUCUCGGUCUGAUAAUAGUUAUAGACCUUUAACUACCUAUUGGAUUGAAAAGGAUGAACAGUUAGCUGCAACAGGCAAGAGCGAUGAUGAAUGUUUAAUGUUUUGUGGCGAACUGGAAUUACCUAUAAUGGUUGGUACCGUUGGUGGUGUUCUUAAAACCAAUCAAGUAUAUGAAUAUAAUUUGGGAAUAAUGGGAAAUCCAAAUUCGCGAGACUUAGCUAUGUCAAUGGCAUGUAUAGGUCUUGCUCAAAAUUUUGCAGCUCUUCGUGCAUUAGCCACAGAAGGUAUACAACGUGGACACAUGAGCCUACACGCAAAAAAUGUUGCAAUUGCGGCCGGUUGUCCGUCGCAUGCCGUCACAAGUGUAGCUCAAAGAAUGAUUGAAAAAGGAAAAAUAACUCUAUCAUCAGCAAAUGACCUUGUUGAAGCCCAUAUGAGUGAACAA